AGGAGAUUUCUGAGCGGACGGCGGCGCACCCGUACCCGGAGGUGCACUCCCUGUACGUGCCUCGUAUCGGCGGCGGAAGCGAUGGCGCUUAUGUGUGGGCGCAGCAUCAUGUGGGUUUUGGAGGUGAGGACUGGGACUACGUGCUGAACAUGAAACGUCUUGAUGUAUUACGUGCGUUUGUGUGUGAGACAGCCGAGGAGUUCGGCAUGGAUGAGGACCAGGUGCGGCACGUUGCGAUGAGGUGUGAGGACAACAGCCUGCUGGUGGACUUCGAAAUGCGCCGCCCGGCGUCACUGUCGGAGGCGGAUGCCAAGAAUCAUCUCAGAGAUUGCAGGUACCGUGGCUUGUGGGCUCUGUACGAGGCGCAGCCUGUGGGUGAAGAACGGAUGGUAACCACCACACACGAACUUGGCUUUGAGGGUGGCGAAUGGGGCCACGUGCUGGAGAAGCGACGUGCGGAUAUGGAGGAGGUUGCGGCGGCCGAGACAGCACGCGCCCUGCAGUGCGAGCGCGGGGAUGUGAGUGACGUGGUGUUGGACGUUACUCCAAAGAUCCUUAUUGUUUUCGUAAAACUGAGGCACUCUUCUUUCCUUCAAAGGAAGACUAUUCAUGAUCGACUGACGGAAUACCCAUACAAUGAUCUGUGGGAUCUGUACGAGCCAAGACAAAAUGAGGAAAAGAUGAUCAUUACCACACAUGAGCUUGGGUUUGAGGGUGAAGACUGGGACUACGUGGUGGAAAAACGACGUAUGGAUGUGGAGGAGGCUUUGGCUCUUGGUACAGCGCGUGCUCUGUGGACUGCCUUUGAUGAUAUAAAAAGCGUGGAGUUGGAUGUUGCCCCCAACAGCCUCAUCGCGUUCGUUGCGGUUCAGAACUUAAAGGCCCUUGAGAGACGUGAAGUUCAGGCAAAACUUACUGAAUAUCCGUACAACGAAGUGUGGCGGCUCUAUGAAACGCGUCAUACGGGAGGCGGUAGUAGUACCGAUGCCACAGACGUUGACCAGAAGGGCAUUGAAGACUCUACCAUUUAUGUAUGGACGCAGCAUCAUGUGGGUUUUGAAGGCGAGGACUGGGACUACGUGCUGGAAACGAAGCAGGACGACAUGCUUUUCGCGUUUGUAGGCGACACUGCCGAGGAGUUCGGCAUGGAUGAGGACCACAUACGAAACGUCGAGAUGAUUUGUGAGAACAGUAGCCUGCUGGUGGACUUCGAAAUGCGACUUCCUGCGGCACAGUCGGUGGCCGAAGCCAAGAAAAGAUUAGACAACUGUAAGUACAGUGGGCUGUGGGCUCUGUACGAGCCGCGACCGGCCGUAGAAGUGAAGAUGGUAACCACCACGCAUGAAGUUGGGUUCGAAGGUGGCGAUUGGGACUACGUGCUGGAGAAGCGAAGUGCAGAUGCGGAGAAAGCUGUAAUCAUUGGUUCAGCACAAGCCCUGCAGUGCGAGCGCGGGGAUGUGAGCGACGUGGUGUUGGACGUCACUCC